GUGAUGGCGUCUGUACUCUCACAGCGUUGUCUCACACUCUCCAUUGCCUACCUCACUCCUCCAACAACUGGGUCUAGGGUUAGGGUUCGUAUGGCUUCCUCUAACGCCACCGGAGAGGUCACCCAAAACUCAGAGCCGUCACCUGACACGGUAGUGCAGUACGUAGUGCUCAGGCGGGACCUGAUAGACACGUGGCCGCUGGGUAGCGUGGUGACACAGGGCUGCCAUGCCUCGGUGGCAGCCAUUUGUUCCCACAAGGACGACCUUCUCACUCAAGACUACUGUAGCCCCUCCAAUCUUGAUUCCAUGCACAAGGCAAGUGUAAUAUCCCGCCCGUUUGUAGUUUUUUCACUCAUUGCUGGUAAUGAUAUGGAAAUUUUGGAAUGA